AUGUUCCGUUUCACCACAGAUGAUGAAACCCCAAUGAAGACAUCAAUCAAUUUACUGGCUUCUUUUAGAGGUCAGGUUCACCGGGUCACGGUUCCUGCGGUCGGUCAGGGUCCUAUACUGACUGAGGUCAGAGGUGAACUUACCUUAAGUCCUCUGUUCUUUUUGACCGUUACAGGUGCUGCCCCAAGCUUUGCCAAAGAACUGAAAGACAAGAGGGUUGCGGAAGGAGGUCGGGUUACGUUAUCGUGCGGGGCGUCAGGGUACCCCACACCGAGACUGACCAUGACUAAAGAUGACGUCAUCAUCUCCAAAGGCUUAAUCAAGGGGAUCAACUAUAAAAGUGGGAAAGGGGGUAUAAGGUUAAAGUUCAAGAGGGUUCAGAAGAGUCUUCACGAGGGAGUUUAUGGCUGCAUCGCCGAUGAUGGCGUCCACCCAGCUCUUAUAAUGAGUGCAAGAAUAGAAAUCUGCGCACUGACUUGCGACAAUGGUGAAUUGAACGUGAAACGGUGUGAGUGUAGUUGUGAGACGGGCUGGGAUGGUUUAUCGUGCAACAUCCCUCUACUCGUCAUAACACCAGGCCAACCAUGUAGCAAAGACUGCGGGGAGCAUGGCAGGAUGGAUCAGGACGAGUGCAGUUGUGUGUGCGAUGAGAACUACACCGGAGACACGUGCGAGACUCUGUGCGACAAGACGUGCGACCCGGACCACGGCACCCUGGACCCGGUCAUGUGUACCUGUCAGUGCGAGCCUGGGUAUUAUGGGGAAACUUGUUCCAGUGAGUUAGCCUUGUCAUCAGGAGAUGGCGGCGGUAUCACAGCAGGCACCGCCGAUGAGAUGUGUAAUGAAGGUACUUAUUGCAGUAACGGGGGAACAUGCUAUGAGGUUGAUGAACCCAAGACAAGAGAGCUGAUUCUACUAUGCGGUUGUCCGAACGGAUUCAGCGGUGAGCGGUGCGAAAGGAGAGACUGUGCCAUCGAUUGCGGAGAGAAUGGUGCCGUGGAUAGCUCAGAAUGCCGCUGUGUAUGCGAUGAGGGUCACAGGGGAGCAAACUGUGAAUCUUUAAUGGACGACCACACCGAGCCGUGUGGGCCAAAAUACGAACAUUACUGCAUGAACGGCGGUGAGUGUCAACUGCUGAAGGGGAUCAUGAAACCGUCUUGUAGGUGUCCCAUUCUAUAUCAUGGGAAACGUUGCGAGCGUCUGGAACCAGACCUGGACUGUGGUUGCUUGAACGGUGGAGAAUGUAAUUAUAACGAAACUAAGCAGGAAUAUGUAUGCAAUUGCCUUGAUAAAUUUACGGGUGAACGCUGUCAGUACAAAAGGCUCCCACCGCCCCACCCCAACGCAACAGAUCAACAAGAGAACUCUCGCAAGAUGGUCAUAACGAUGUGUGUUAUCUUUGUGUCAAUGCUGAUCGUCAUUGGAAUCGUCAUCAUCGUCUACGUCAAAAACAGGAAUGUUCGUGAGACCGAGAGGAGGGAGAAGUUGGAAGAUAUGCUUCGUGAGCAGACCAAUGCAAAGCGUCUUCGUGCAUCUAUACAGUCUGGCGCAGGGGGUGGAGGAGGAGGGGCGUAUCCCACUAAUGACAUCGAGCUGAGAAGUUUCCACACUCAGCAGUCUGCUGUCAACAUGGAGCCCACUCUCGGAGCCCGUAAGGCCAGUAACACUUCGGUUGGUCGGGGGUCCCUGUCACGGGGUAGCAACGGCAGUGUGAGCGGUGCGCCACGCCAGUCACCGUCAACUAGCAUCCACUCACGCCGUAGUCCGACCCAGGGCAGCCCACCCAUCACGAAAGGAAGUAAGAACGGCUACGCAGCGGUGCCCACAGAGGAGUUUGUGACGCAGGAACAACCCCAAAAUAACUCUGAUGCUUCGUUUGAAGGGAGAGGCGAUCCUGACACAUUGCCCAUUGACCAUCAAGGUGCUUCUAGUGAUUUAGGAAGCGAGAGCGAAGGUUCCGAUAGCGGUGGGGACAUCAUUGACGUCCCCAAUCCGCAGAUCCAAGCUAUAAAUGAGCACCUUGGCGGUAGCGAUCAUGAUAGCGGAGACUAUACAUGGGACGAACACAGUUCCCCUGGCCUAAGGGUCUCCACUUCACCGUACACCCACGAUAUGUCACCCUCGCACCAGCCCAGAGGUAGAGGGCGCCUCAAUGGCGUCACGACCGGCAGAUCGCCAGACCACGUCAACAUCCACGAGAACCCAUUAGAGAGUCCUGGGUACAAGACCGACGCAAUGAACAACGUCACGACGACGAGUCCGAAGGCAGAUCACUACGCGGAUCGGUUAAAGGAUGUUGUAGAAAGUAGUCCCCCUUCAGCAGUUUGAAACUCCUUCCCCUUUUACUGUCUGUAUAUGAAUCCUUUAUAUUUAUAUUUUAUAAGUGUAUAGAGCCUAUUCUUUACUACCCAAACCUGGAUAAUAAACAAUUUUUUUUUUUUUUCUUCUAGAUUUUAGCGGCGAGAUGAAAUUUCUGAGCUGGAGUUUUAAAAGGGGGUGGGUUUUUUCCAGGUCGUAGUAAACACUGUCUCUUUCCAAAGUGAUUUGUAUUUAAUAUCAGUUAUUGUUUUGAUUUUGCAAUUGAUAAGAUUUUUGGCGCGGAAAAGAAAAUAGUGCAGGUGGAAAUGAUAAAAAAUAAUAAUUAUAAUAUUUAAAAACGCUCUCCGUUAUUGGGUUUUUUUUUUCAGGAAAAAUGCCGAGACAAAACUGAUUAAUUUAAGCAACUAUUACGGUACUAUUUCGUCUGGAAGUGUUUAAAAUAGAGAGAAACAUUGGAUGUUUGUUGUGUCUUUUUGGACCAAAAAGGGGGUUUAAUUGUUUUGUUUUAACUGUAAGGUUGGUGUUCAAACGAUUCACCUGAAAGCAUUGUGGUUGACCUUCAAUUCAAAUGUAUGGAGUAAACAAUUUGUAAAUUUCAAGUGACUAUUAAUAGGGGUAAGAUUUCAGUUAAAGACACUGGACACUAUUGGUAACUGUCAAAGACCAGUAUUCUCACUUCGUGUUUCUCUGCAUAUGCAU